ACCAUCAGUUUUACGACAGUCGUGCCGUAGGUUACCACGCAUCCCGACCAACAAACCGGUAUUUCACAAACACAGCAUUUGCCUCACAUAUUUGGUGGACUCAGCUCUGACCAAAGUCCAAUUUAAAGUCGAACUUUGAACCGUAAACAAACGCCACGAUGGCACUCCGCAGCAGCUUCAGGCCGCAUUUGCUGCACCAAUUGAGCGCAUCUCUUAUCAAGCAAACGCGUGGAUCGGCUUAUCAGGCGAGCAGCACCUGUAGUAAAUCCUUUCGCGCGAUUCAUUGCCAGUCUGUUUUGCGAAAAGCGGUCAAUGUCAGAGAGCAGCCACAACUUGUAGAAACUCCACUGAUAAGGUCUGCCUCGCUUCAAUGUAGCGAUGCCGGAGAUAGACACCAGCAACGACGCCAGCUGGUGAUUGAACUCACCGAUGAUCAGCGGUACGAGUUCCCGCUAGUUUGGUUACGUGACAAUUGUCAGUGUUCAGAUUGUUUCCACCCGAAGUCCUACAGUCGCAUUUUAAACUGGGAGACAUUCAACGUGGACGGCGUGCGGCUCGACACCUGCACGGUAACGGCAGACGGAACUGGGCUAGAACUGGUUUGGAGUGAUGGACAUCGGUCGGACUUUGUCAGUGGGUGGCUGCUGGAGAGGAAUUUUAGUGAUGAUAAUAGUCAGCAGUAUCUGAACAAAUGGUACAGACCUCGACCGAGAUUGUGGGCUAAACGAGAUUUCAGGGAAGUUUUGAAGCAGUUUGAGUUUGGGGAUGUGAUUAAUUCGGAUGAAGCCUUACAAGGGUGGAUUGAAGCAUUGAUUCGGUACGGUGUGGUGAUGAUUAAAAAUGCUCCCCUUACAGAGACGGAGUGCCGACGGUUGGCCAAUAGAGUUGGGUUUAUUCGGAAGACUCACUACGGUGAGGAAUUCAUUGUCAAAGCUAAGGAAGGCACUAGUAAUGUAGCCUAUCUAUCAACUCCGUUGCAGAUGCACACGGAUUUACCUUAUUAUGAUUAUAAACCGGGCUGCAAUUUGUUGCAUUGUUUAGUGCAAUCACAAUCUACUGGGGGACAGAAUCUGAUUGCUGACGCCUUCUAUGUGGCUGAUCGAAUUCGGACGGAGUUUCCGAAAGAAUUCAAGCUCUUGAGUGAAACUCUCGUUAACUGGACCGAUGUUGGUGAGGAUGAAGGCGUACAGUUUCACAGCAUCUAUCGUGCACCAGUUAUUUGCAUUGGUCGUGACGGAUGUUUAGAACGAAUCAAUCACAGCGUACCACAGAGGGACAGUUUCUUCAACGUUCCUCUGGCGUCUGUGGAACCAUGGUAUCGGGCGAUGUAUCGAUUCGUCCAGCUUAUUCACCAGGAAGCGGUAGAAUUCAAAACGGCACCCGGUGAUAUUCUAACGUUCAGUAACAUAAGGAUGGUACACGGACGAACGGGGUACACGGAUACAGACGACAACACCCGCCACAUCGUUGGAGCCUAUCUCGAUUGGGAUGAAAUUUACUCGAAGUUGCGAGUGCUGAAGCGUGUUUAAAAUAGUUUAUCCCGGUUUGCUCGAUAAUAAUAAAAAACCCACUAAUUUUUGCC